AUGGAUUUGUAUCUGGAAGCUUCAUUGGAGAAGAAUCGAGAUUUUUACCUUCUCAUUCUCAAAGCGAUCUACCUCUCGAGUAUUCAUUCCACUUCGUGGAGCUUGUGCAAGGCCCGGAUCUCCAGACCACGACACGACCAUCUGGUCACUGUCGAUAGGCCCAAUCUGAUAUGUGCUUAG